AUGGAACCUUUGGAUAUUUCAUGCAGUUUCCUCGCGGCUUCUUCAACAAAGCCUGUAAUCGAGCCUCUUGAUCUAUUCCCCACCCUGGACUUGUUUGGUUCCCAAGAAAAAAAACACCACGAAAACCCUCCUCUUCAAGAAUACAACAGCAAUGCCGAUGAAGAAGAGGACGUUACCGUGGCAUUGCAUAUCGGCCUUCCAGAUCACUGCUUUUCUGAGCAAACCACCAUUAAUACAGAUUCAAAGAGUAAAAACUAUACAGCAGCUAGUCAGUAUUGGAUACCAACUGCCGAGCAAAUACUCAUCGGCUUCACUCAUUUUUCCUGCCAUGUCUGCUUCAAAACAUUUAACCGCUACAAUAAUCUCCAGAUGCACAUGUGGGGUCACGGAUCACAAUAUAGAAAAGGGCCAGAUUCAUUGAAAGGAAGCCAGCCGCGGGCGAUGUUAGGGAUACCGUGCUAUUGCUGCGCAGAAGGGUGCAAGAACAACAUCGAGCACCAGCGAGCAAAGCCGCUGAAGGAUUUCCGGACGUUGCAGACGCAUUACAAGAGAAAACAUGGGCUGAAAUCGUUCAUGUGUCGCAAGUGUGGGAAGUUGCUGGCGGUGAAAGGUGACUGGAGGACGCACGAGAAGAACUGCGGUAAGCGUUGGCCGUGUGUGUGUGGCUCAGAUUUCAAACACAAGAGAUCGCUUAAAGAUCAUAUCAAAGCAUUUGGGUCUGGACAUGCCCCUUUUCCUGCUUCGACGUCGUUUGAAUCGCUUGAGGACACGGCAUCUUCUCUGCUUCUCUAG